AUCUAUAGGUAUAGCUGGACUCUUUUUGGCUUACUUUUGGAGCCGGUCAGAUUAAGUUGGCAGCCGGUCAAAUCUACUAGCGUGCUGCAAUCGCUGCAAGCGCAGUGGGUCGGGCGCUGUGGGAUGGAUUGGACCUCCGAAGUGCCCCGAACUCGCUGCGGUGGUGGGGCGGGUUUACUGUACUGUACUGUGUUAUCAGGAGUAAUGGAAACACGGUGGUUGUUGAUUAUUUGCUGCGGCGCAUCAUUGUUCUUGGAAAAUAUACUGGGCAAAUAUCUUGUAUACAGGCCAUUAUUGUAUUCUUAAAUAAUAUAUACUGCUGUGCCCUCAACUGCCAUCUCAAUUCCUCUGUUUCCAGCGUCUCCCCCACGAUGGAUACGCCGGAGAUCUGCACGCGCGUUCUGCACAGCACCUUGUUGCGGACGACCCGCACGUCAUCAACCACUAAUUUUUUUUUUUUUUCGCCGCUGCUCGCUCAUCCACUCUUCCGCAUCGACGCGCGCCGAGAACCGCCCAACCAAACGCCCAAAUAGAGUCAGCAACUGGGCUUGCCAAGACUUUGGGGGGGCCUCGUCUCGUGUCUGGAUUUUCCUCGCCUCUUUUUCUUUCUCUUUCGUUUUAUCCUUUUGGUAAACAACAGACUCAACACUGCUGCUGUUUUUCAAACACACCUUGGGAGAGCGAGCACCGAAGCUACCUACCAAGACAUCCUCUCUACUAUCUUGCAUGUAUCGAACCACCACAUCCAACGGCUCGACUUCGAUUGAUUGGGGUGCUGCUACCCGACUCUCGCCUUGAGCUGCUUCUCACCGAUCUUUCCGACUCUCUACAAUAUCCCCGAAUAGCCUCGUCGCAAGCGACGCCCGUUGCCGGCCAUGGCGUGGGAACAUCUCGACGUCACCAAGCCGCACUUGGUCUACAUCAUCCUCGGCGGCUUCACCACCCUUUUUAUGCUCUGCUCCUCCUUCAUCAAGGAGCGCAUGUAUAUCGGUGAGGCUACCGUCGCUACUCUCUGCGGUGUCAUAUUUGGCCCGCAUGCCGCCAACCUUAUCGAUCCCAACUCUUGGGGCAGCGUCGACAUUGUCACUCUCGAAUUCUCGCGCAUCGUCCUUGUCGUCCAAUGCUUUGCCGUCGGUGUCGAAUUGCCAAAGUUUUACAUGGAGCGCCACUGGAGAUCGGUUGUUUUCCUAUUGCUUCCCGUCAUGAUGGCUGGCUGGCUCCUCACAUCGCUCUUUGUCUGGUGGCUCAUCCCACCACUGAGUUGGCUGGAAAGCUUGGUUGUCGCCGCCUGCGUAACAGCCACCGAUCCCGUCUUGGCUUCGUCCGUUGUUGGUAAGGGUAAAUUUGCCAAGCGUGUGCCCAAGCAUUUGCGUGACUUGCUCUCGGCCGAGUCUGGCUGCAACGACGGCAUGGCUUUCCCCUUCAUAUACCUCUCCCUCUACCUGAUCCAGUACCAUCGCGACGCUUCCGAAGUAUCCUUCCACUUUGUCGUCUACGUCAUCCUCUACGAAUGUAUCUUUGGCGCUGUCUACGGUUUCAUCAUUGGCUACAUUGCGCGUCAUGGUAUCCGAUUCGCCGAAAAGCACGACCUGAUCGACCGAGAGAGUUUUCUUGUCUUUUACUUUGUCGUCGCCCUCUUCUGCGCCGGCUCCGGAAGUAUCCUUGGUAUGGACGACUUGCUAGUGGGCUUUGCGGCAGGUGUAGGUUUCUCCAACGACGGUUGGUUCUUGGAAAAGACGGAAGAAUCGUCCGUAUCCAACGUUAUUGAUUUGUUGCUCAACUUGGCCUACUUUGUGUACUUUGGUACCAUUAUUCCCUGGGAACAGUACAACAACGGCGUCGAGGGACUCACUGUCUGGCGUCUUGUCGUUGUGGCUAUCCUUGUUCUUCUCUUCCGUCGUAUCCCAAUCAUGAUGGCGCUGAAACCGCUUAUACCGGACGUCCGAAAUUGGCGCGAGGCUCUUUUCGCUGGCCAUUUCGGACCCAUAGGCGUCGGCGCCAUCUUUGUCGCCAUCUUGGCGCGAGCAGAGUUGGAACACGAAGAGUCCGUUCCACUUGCUGAACUUCCACCACCAGGCUCCGAGCACUACACGCUGUUGUAUCUUGUGUGGCCCAUUGUCACGUUCCUCGUUAUUUCGUCUAUUCUAAUCCACGGCUCGUCUGUUGCAGUCUUUACUCUAGGAAAGCGCAUCAACACCCUGACACUGACCAUGUCUUACACCAUGGCCAACGAAGAUGGACCUACCUGGAUGAACAGACUACCUAGAAUCUCGUCCAUAUCCAGGUCGCAAGCAAAGACCAUGUCAGAGGCAUCAUUCGAUCUCAAGGACCCCCAGUUUCCUAGCAACACUCUUGCACCUCCCUCCGGCUUCCUACGGCGCCAACGAGACGAUGAUCGACCUACUUCUGGUGGCCGAGCCUCUUCCCUUGUGUCUAGACGACGCAAACACAAAAAGUGGGAUGAUGGUAUCGGUCCCGGAGGCCCCGUCAGCCAGUCCGCCAUUUUCCCCAACCGCACAUUCCCUGUCAACUCGGAAAAAGAUCAAGAUGCCUCGUCUGGACAAGACGAAAGCACCACUGUUGACGAGAGUCUUAAAGCGACUCAGAACACUGAUGACUCUCCGUCGCCCGACGAGACCUCACCCCACAUCGAGGUCUACGAAGAAGGCAACCAUCUCGUGUUUGAGAAUGAGGAUGGCGAAGUGGUUGGCGAAGAAGAACUCGAUGAUAACACUGAAUUGGAGGCUCCAGCUCCAGAGCCACUUACCAGGAAGCGAUCGAAAUCCGACGUUGACUGGAACAACUGGACUUUUGGCGGCAUCAAGCGUCGUGUCGGCGAGAUCUACACAUCAGAGAUGGAGAAGCGCAAGACCAGUGACAAGCCUAGAAGCAACAAGCCUGCGCGUGCCUAUCAGUUCGGCAACCAAAUCAUCGUCGAAGAUGAGGACGGUGAAGUCGUCAAGACCUACGAACUGCCCUCCAACAAGGACGGCCAAGAAAGCUCCGUCUUGGAAUCUAGUCUCAAGUAUCUCGGUCUCGGCGCCUUUGCUCGUCAAGACCAAGACAAGCCCACCGAAUCCACCGCCGAAGAAGGCAAGGUUGGCGAGCCAUCUGAGCCAGUGUCCCGCUUGGCUCGCCGCUGGACCGGCGCUACUGACGCCCGUCGCAAGAGCGAAGCUCCUGUCGAAGAAGACCCUGACGACAAGAACAUUCGCUUCACAAUUGGUGGCAAGGGCAGGCGCAUGACCAAGGCCGACUUUAUCAAGGAAAUCCAGAAGCUCAACGACGACGACCGCUCCACCGUCCUCGAAGCCUCCAACGCCUCUGACGCUACCAAGGCAGCCGCGCGCCAGCCUAAGGCCCGCCGCGGCACGCAAACAAAUAUCCCCCGCAUCGUGGAGACUGCUGCGGUGGACAACACAGAGCGCCGCAAGGCAUCUCCCUCGCCAGCUCGCUCACCUGGUCGCGGUCGUCCUGGCAAGAGUCCAGCCGCGUUAGCCCCUGCUGCCCCAGCAGAUGACCUUGAAGAGACACCUGUUGAGCGUAAGCGCCGUCUUGCGGUGCUUGCUAGCCAGACCUCUGAAGAAGAAGCCAAGCCUGCUGGCAAGGCUAGCGCGGUUGUUGAGACGCCUGCGGAACGACGCCGCCGCGAAGCUGCUCUUGGAGCCGCACCAGUGGAAGAAAGUGAUAGUGAAGAUGAGGGUGGCGAGAGAGUGCCGCCAGCAAGAAGGGGAAUUCGGUUUGCGGAGCCAAGCAGACGUUGACGUUAGCAUUUAAUCUAGCAUAUAGCACACAGUUGAUCCUAUAGAUUUGUACAUUUUGUUUAUUCCACUUGUCUUAUAGCCAGACAGAAUCAUACACGUUGUUUUCCAGCAUCA